AUGGUUGCUAUGGCAAUAAAACAAAUAGUAGCAAAAAAUAUGGUUUCUGAGACCUUUCGUGAAAUCUUUACUGGGCCGACCUCUUUAUACCAUUGGCUUAACAAAAAAAGAUCUUCAGACCCUAUUAUUGUAAAAAGUAAGGAGGCCCCCAAUAAGUCAACAUCAACAAUUUACAUCUUUCAUGCUAGUGGUACUGAAUUAUCUCAAAAAGUCAUGGGAUUUAGAUGUGCAUGGUGUGUUACUUUAGCAUUUAGAGACAUUGAUUGUUUAAUGAUUCAUUUAGAAAAUUUUCAUCAACAUUUUAAGUAUAUAAUAAAACAAAGAAGACAAACAACCAGCUGUGAAAUUGCUGUACAUAUAAAUGAUGAACAUUCUAAUCAUGAAUUUUUUGAGUUUAAAGCCGAUGGAGCUCACUUUCCAAAAUCAUUUGCUAUUCCAGAAAAGAGUAUUUUGCCACCACUGUUGUCUUCAAAAAAAUUUACAUCAGGAACCUUUGUAAACUCUCAUUCAUUUAUUCCAUUCACUGCAAAUUCUAAUAUAAUUGCUGAAAAUAAUAUUUGUGAACAUUGGAUUCAACAACAAAAUGAUGAGGAAAUAGAUGGAACAAAAGGUACUGUGGAUGGUGCUAAACUUUUAAUGAAAUUGUGGAACAGAUGCAUAGAACAAGAAAGAUCUCUUUCUGAUUCUAGUUUCCCAGACUUUUGUACAAAAUUUGCAUCUAAACAUGCAGAACAAAUUGUAAAACUUGAACUAAGACAAAUUUUUGUAAGACAACUGCUUAAUUUCUGUGAUGAUGAAAUUAUUGAAAAAGAUUGCUUAGUUAAUUGUUUAAAGAUUAUUGAUGAUUAUCUUGUAGAAAAUUAG